CUGGACGCGCUCCACGGGAGGCGUGUGAGUUUGCGCUUUGAUCGUGUCGAAACAGUCAACGAACGUCUGUCUGCAAGUUCCACUUUCAUGUGGAUGUUGUUUCAGGCACAGUUCUCACCACGUCUUAAACUAUGAGACCAACAUGAACAAUACGGACCGCGGGACUGAGCGCCGAAAAAGAGCAGAUCCGGACUUGGUGCCGAAAUGACAAACGAGCGAAACAAAAAGAUUUUACUGGAACUGGUGAAGCAGCCGGAGAACAGCCACUGCGCUGACUGCGGCGCGCCGGAGCCAGAUUGGGCAUCCUAUAAGAUCGGUGUGUUUGUAUGCCUGAACUGCUCUGGGAUCCACCGCAACCUGUCCAGUCGGGUCAAAUCCAUCCGGCUAGACAACUGGGAGGAUGACCUGGUUGAGUUCAUGAAAUCCACCGGGAAUGCGAAUGCCCGAGCUGUGUAUGAGAAAGCCGUUCCACCCUACUACUACCGGCCUAUGAAAAAUGACUGCAACGUCCUGAGGGAUCAGUGGAUCCGAGCAAAAUAUCAGAGGAUGGAAUUCAACGGGGAAACUAAGUAUCCACCGCUGGCGUAUACAACAGGCUUCUAUGAAGGAAUUUUGUGGAAGAAAGGGAAAGAUAACAUGCAGUUUCAGAAGAGGAAGUUUGUGCUGUCAGAACGGGAAUUCACCCUGUUGUACUACAACAAGGAAGAUGAGUCAAAAGGCCCCAAAGCUGUAAUCUCCAUCAAGGAUCUGAACGCCACCUUUCAGCCACAGAAGAUCUGCCAUCCUCAUGGACUGCAGAUUACAUACCAGGAUGAAAAUAAAACCAGGAACCUAUAUGUCUAUCAUGAGAGCUCUGAGGAAAUAGUAACCUGGUACAACUCCAUCCGUGCUGCUCGCUAUGCAUACCUGAAGACCGCAUAUCCGACUGGGACCGAUGACGACCUUGUGCCUAUGAUAACAAGAAAUUAUCUAAAAGAGGGGUACAUGGAAAAGACGGGGCCCUUGCAGAAGGAGUCUUUCAAAAAACGCUGGUUUAUUUUGGACUCUCAAAACAGGAAGCUGCUCUACUUCAAAGACCAACUGGACGCAGAGGAGUUAGGGGUCAUUUUCAUCGGGACAGAGAGCAACGGCUACUCCGUGAAGGAGUGUGUCCCGAAGCACACGCGGGGCAACAAGUGGAAGUGCGGCAUCAUGGUGCAGACGCCGGAGCGCCAGUUUGUGUUCAUGUGCGAGCAGGAGAGGGAGCAGAAACAGUGGCUGAACGUCCUGAGAAAGGUGCUGUCCAGACCCAUGUCACCACAAGAUUACUCUGCUCAAGCCCAUAUAAGGCAUAAGAGAUGAACCAAGAAGAAUUGCAACAGCAGAGAUGAUCAUGAGAGGACUGCAUCCAAGACCUAAAUAGCUGAACUUCUGUCACUGCACUGAAUCAGACAAGACACUUAAUAAUAACUUCCUGUUAUAAGCUCACACUAGCAUGAUGCUCAAUCAGGUUUUUAAAAAGCCACAUCAAUACAAUCUGGUAUUAUAUUGGUACUGUGGCACUGUUGCUCCAUAUCACCAUGCUAACUCGACAUUUCUUAAAUUCUGAUCAUUUGAAAAAGAAUUCCACAAAUAUUUAUUUUUUAUUGGGCUAAUAACAUUAAAUUAAAUGCGUUGAAAAUUUACUUAUUGACAAUUAUGCUCAGAAAAAUAAAUGACUUUUUUAUAUAUAAGGUGUGUCUUGACUGCUGUUAAAAAUGUGUAUUGAAAAAAAGAUGAUUUGUGGAAAAAAAUAUUGUAUAUAUUUGUCUUUAUAAAUACGUUUCUCUUUUUUAAACCCUCUUGUAUAAAUUAUAUUUUUUGA